GAAACUGAGGUACUCAUGUGGGGGAAGAAAACAGGAGAUCAUCGCAUAGAUUUGAGAGCUCAUAAGUAUAUAUCUCUUCUCUCAUUUAUAUAUAUAUAUGAGCACCUUCUCAUUAAUUAUUCAGGUCAGUUUUAUAGCAGUAGAGGAUCAAAGAGAGGUUGCUGGGCAAUACAUUUAUACUGGCUUAUAUAUAUAGAAUCAGAGAAAAGGGAAUAAAAAGCCUCUAGUGUCUCAAGACAUAUCAUCAUCAUCAUCAAUAGUAAAAAUGGUUUCUAGGGAGCACCAGAGAUCAGCCGCAGCUCUGCAUGAGAAGCUGCAGCUUCUUCGUUCUAUUACUAACUCUCAUGCUCUAAACAAAACCUCAAUCAUAGUGGACGCGUCAAAGUACAUUGAAGACCUAAAAGAAAAGGUUCAAAGAUUGAAUCAAGACAUGGAAAAUGCACAAACAUCUUCAAGUGGUCAUGACGAUUUUAAUGCAUUGCCUGUGCAGGUCUCGGUGAAAACCCUAGAAAAAGGGUUUAUGAUAAAUGUGCUUUCGGAAAAGAGUUGCCCAGGUCUGCUUGUCUCCGUUUUGGAAGCUUUUGAAGAUCUGGGUCUUAACGUGCUUGAAGCUAGGGUUUCCUGUGCAGACAGUUUCCGGUUACAAGCAGUAGGAGGAGAAAGUGUAGAAGAAGGUGAAAGCAGUAUGGAUGCUGAAGCUGUGAAGCAAGCAGUUAUAAUGUCGAUUAAGAAUUGGAGUCAAACCACAGAAAAUGAUUAGUGAAUCGAGCACGAUCGAACUAAUCCACUUGAUCAAUAUCUAUAUAUGUAUGUUAAUUAUCAACGUAUACAUAUAUAAAUGUCUGGUUUUAUUAUCAGUACGCUUCUUUGAUCAUCAUCAUCAGUUAAUUUUCUUUUCUCGGUUGUGCAUGCAAUGUGUACACUGGCAGUGUUUCCUUUUGUGCCUAUAAAAGUAAGUAGGCAAACUUUUUAUGUAAUUUUAAAGUUUUGGGUAAGGAGAUCUAGCUAGUAC